AUGGCUGCAGUACGUGAUCCGUCCAAAGAGAGCGUCGGCGAAAAGGAACACGUCCCCACGAGCCUCACUACCAUGGACUACUCGUUUGAUGAGGCUGGCGAAACUGGUCUCAAUAAUGUCGUCCGCAAGAUCAGCACGCUCGGUGCCACUGCAGGUACCGUUAAAAAUGUCGCAGCCGACGGAGAUAUUAUCCUGUUGCCGACACCCACCAACGAUGCCAACGACCCUGUAAAUUGGUCUCGCGCAUACAAAUGCAUCGCCAUCAUCCAGACUGGAACGACCUUCCGUACAGCUCCCACCACCACCGCAUAUCUAUACAGCUGUGCCGCCUUCAUGCUUGGCUUUUCCAUGUUCUGGUGGUCGCCCUUGGCCUCCAAGUUCGGCAAGCGACCCAUCUAUGUCCUCACCUACAUUGUCUACUGUGCUUGUUGCUUUGCUGCUGGCGCCUGCAAGACUUUUGCUGCCCAACUUGCAGUUCGCAUGCUCAUUGGUGCAACUGCUGGCGCAGGCGAAAUGCUUGGUCCGCUCACCAUCAACGACAUUUGGUUUGUACACGAGAGAGCUACUCCUAUGGCAGCCUACAACGCUUUUCUCUCGGUCGGUGUAGCCUUCGGCAUCAUCAUCGACGGCGCUAUUAUCAACAAGUAUCCCUGGCAGUAUGUUUACUGGAUCAACGGCCCUAUUGUCGCUGUAAUCUCCAUUCUCGUCACCUUCAGCUUUCCUGAAACCUCCUUUCGCAGGCCAGCCCUUGAGACGGUCACCAAAAAUCAGCAUCGUAACCUUGACGUUUCCCGUCAAAAGACCUGGGCCCAAAAUCUCAGCCUUUACAGCGGCAUUUGGACGCAAGAAAGCUUCGUGACUCUCUUCUCACGACCAUGGCUUGCAAUCAUGCUUCCUGCUGUGGCUUGGGCCGCCUUCGUAUGGGCUGUCAGCGUAGGGUUUGUUGUUGCCGUGUCUAGCAAUGUCGCGCUUGCGUACGGUAUGACUUACCACUUUGGCCCCCUCCAAGUCGCUUACUGCUGGUUGGCCGGAAUCAUCGCCAGUUUGCUGGGCCUCGUCGCUGGUCCUCUCGCCGACAAAAUCAGUCAUCGUGCCACUGUCAAGAACGGGGGUAUUCGAGAGCCCGAAUUCCGCCUUCCAGCUGCCUUACCCUCCAUUGUCACUGCCCCGCUUGGUCUAGUCCUCUAUGGCCUCGGCAUUCAGAAACAACUUCACUGGAUCGUUCCGACCUUGGGCAUUGCACUUUGCAACUGGACAAGUGUGGCGGGAACAAUGGUGCCAUUGGUGUACGCUGUAGACUCAUACAAGCCCAUUUCUGAAGAGGUGGUCACGUGCAUUCUUGGCUACAAGGCGCUGUUUGGCUUCUUGCUCGCUUUCUACACCAACAAAUGGGUUCAAAAUGAGGGCUAUCUCAACGCUUUUGGCGAAAUGACGUCCAUCUCUGCCACUGCCUUUUUGCUCGCCAUCCCUUUUACAUUUUGGGGUAAACGCAUCCGCCAGGCGUCGCUCAAUUGGAGGGUAUUUCGUGUCAUUCGAUGGAAUGCCGACCGCGAUGAUCUCAUCCUUGAGAAAGAAUAG